ACUGAGACGUAACGGUUUGUCGUGUUCGGAUGGAAGCAUUCUCGUACGCGAAGGCUCGGGAAGUCGAAAUUGUCUAUUGAUUCGUGGGAAAAUUUGUUGAUAGAGCGCGUGAAUUGUAGCAAUUGUUGUAGUGCUUCCGCAUCGGGAUUACCGAAGUGUAUUUUCGUUCUAUCGUCCUAACAUCGAACUACCGUCGAAGGGGAAGCUUGCAGCAGGGGCAUCUGAUGGGACGCGCAUGCGCGCGUUUACCAAAUUGUCAGUGAACGCGGUUGUGUUAUUGUUGCAUGGUCCUGUGAAUGUGGAGUGUUCGUUUUUAGCCAAUUACCCAGUAAAAAUCAAUUCUUAUCAGCUGAUACGUUCCGAAAUCAUAAAAGUAUUGUGCAAAGUGUUUUGGUUUAUUUUUGGUACAACGGUGGCGAAAAUAGGACCAGCUAGCAUCAGCUAUAUUGCACGUUACGGAAUCAGUUUGUAAGAUAAAAAGCUAUAGUUCAUCGCCGUUUCACCGCCUUUAUCCUGUGGAUAUGAUUGUGCCGGUAGUGAUAGUUGCAGUAAUUCAUAUACAGUAAAUUGGAAAGAAGCAUUGUGAGAGUGAAGUUUUAGUGCAAUUAGUGUCUUAGAAUAACAGCUGAUCGAAAGUUUUAAGGAAGCCAAUCUUCUCCCCGGUACGCGCAAUCCGGUACUACUGGGAGCGGCGAAAAGUGUGGAGCCAUUUCUGCCUCGCGGCAAUAAGCAGCAAGGUGAAAUCGGCGGCUUCGAAGAGCCGGUUUUCGAGUGAUAUAAGAAGUGCUGUUUAAAGGCUCAUUUCGAGCUCAGUGCAUGCAUAAGCGAAUAAUAUGCUUGCGAUGGCCUGUGUUGCGAAAUGUGGGCGAUUCAUACUUCUGCGGCGAAGGGAUAUCUUCGUGCUGCUGUCUUUCGGUGGGUUGCUGAUGAGUUAUUCUGGCGUGUCCGGCAAACCGCUCGAAAAUCGGCACAAGUCCUGGGACUUCGAUGACAGUGUGCAAAACUACUUGAUGGAGUUUGGAUACCUGCCGAAAUCGAACAUUGAGACGGGAAAUCUGCGCACGAUGGACCAGCUGAAGGAAGCUGUUCGACAGUUGCAGUCAUUUGCCAAUCUAAAUCCGACGGGUGAAAUCGACCAGGAAACGUUGGAACUGAUGCGUCGACCCCGUUGUGGGGCUCCGGAUCUUCCGAGCUCACGAGACUUUCUUCCAUCGAACACCUUGAAUGAAAUGUCAGAGUUUCAGCAGCAGCACAGGCGACAUCGACGCUUCGUCAUACAGGGCCAGAAGUGGGAGCAUCCCAUCGUAACUUGGAGUUUGGUGAAUCAAUCAAUGGUAGAUUUGGACGCUGGUCAAGUGAGACGAGUCCUGCACGAAGCACUGGAUCUAUGGGCUCAGAAUGCCAAUCUAACCUUUCGCGAGGUAUACAGCAGUGAAGCAGAUAUUCAGGUGUUGUUUGCCCGUCAGUUUCACGGCGAUGGAUACAGGUUUGAUGGGCCUGGAAAAAUUCUAGCGCACGCUUUUUAUCCCGGGACCGGCAUCGGCGGAGAUGCUCACUUUGACGAGGAAGAAACGUGGCUUUUGAAUGAACCACUCGGAACGGAUGGAACUCGUCUAUUUGACGUUGCGGUUCACGAGUUUGGUCACUCUUUAGGAUUAGGACAUUCGUCUGUAAAAGAUGCUAUCAUGUUUCCCUGGCAUCACGUUUCUUAUCGUGGUAAACAUACCAUUCCGGAAGACGAUCGACAUGGAAUUCAAGGCAUCUAUGGUCCAAAAAAGAAAACCUAUGGCCGAAAUCCAGAAAGGCAUACGCCAACAACGACCACAACUACAACUACUACAACUCCUGUUCCUCCUCGAAGACCAUCCACCAAAAGGUACUACCCCCGCAAGGACCAAAAUGGACACCCGUGGGAAGAUUUACCGCCGGACAAUCCAGUGCAUCCUUGGAGACCAACCACGACAACUACCACCACCGAAAUUCCACGACGCCGUGUUUACUACCCGGAUCGACCGCGCGGAGUCGGAACAGAUUAUCCGACGCCUCGAGUGCACCACGAAGAACAUCCAUAUACCCACGAACCAGACACAGAUUCUCCGAGGCACAUUCCGACACCGACUAAAGUCCAUCAUCAUCACCACCAUCAUCAUCAUCCUCGAACUCAGCAUCCAAACACGCGACCCCCAUUGCCACGAGUGCCAGACCCUUGCGACACUAGCUACGACGCGAUCACACUGAUCCGGAAUGAACUGUUCAUCUUCAAAGAUCGCUACAUGUGGCGAAUUUUCGAGAACGACGUUCAGAACCGACCACCGAUCGAGAUCGAUCGUAUGUUUUUCGGGCUGCCGAAGGACUUCGAACGAAUCGACAGUGUCUACGAGAACAAACACCAGAAGAUCCUGUUUUUCAUAGGAAAGCAAUAUUAUGUCUUCAAUUCUCAACACCUGGAGCCAGGAUACCCGAAACCGUUAACGCAUCUCGGUCUGCCGGAAAGCAUCGAACGGAUUGAUGCCGCACUCGUUUGGAGCUACAAUAACCGAACGUAUCUCUACAGUAGUCGACUAUAUUGGAGGUUCGACGAGGAUGCAAAUCACGUGGAACUGGACUACCCGAGGGAUAUGUCGAUGUGGAAGGGCGUCGGUUACAACGUCGAUUCCGCCUUUCAAUAUCGGGACGGCAAAACGUACUUUUUCAAGGGCAAAGGCUACUGGCGAUUCAACGAUCUGCGAAUGAGCGUCGACCAUCCUGACCCGCACCCGUCGGCCCACAAGUGGAUGAAGUGCCAGCGGAUACCGAAACAGCGGGAGCCAAUUAUCGACAUCACCACCGAGGAAACGCAAGUCAGCGCAGGCUGGACGCUAACUAGUUGGAGCAUCCUGCGUAGUUUAGCCCUAGCUCUGUUUGUGGUAAUUAGGUUAAAUGAAACGCUUCUUUAGACAUUUAGGGUACGGGAGGGUAUUUUCAGCCUACUUCUAAAUUCAACCUACAUUCCUUUCCUUUCCGUUGGGCUUUUCUGAAUUAAUACUUUGCCACUGCAUAACUACGCUGAAAAGCUGUCAUACGCCUGAUUAUGUAAUAACUAUCAAAAAUGUAAGUAAUCUGUAGAGUGACUGUAGACAGAAUGGCGACCAUGCCAUCUUAAAUGUAUGCAAUGCCUAUUUGCCGAUCUCGCUCUCUUUGCUGCGCAUUCUACACGUUUGGUUGGUCAUCUACUCAAUUGGAAUGGCACUGACAGACAGAUAUCAUUCCAAUUAUAACAGUGUCGUCACUCUUUAUAUAGUCACUCUAGUAAUCUGCUGUUUUCGAACAAAUGAACAUCAAAACCUGCAUGUUCUCGAAAAGCACUUAACUUGGCCUGAUAAUUAAAAGCAAGCACUUUCAUGUGACCUCCUGGUGAUAGUUUAAACGCAUUUUUCACAUAUGCCAAUUUAAUAUAUUAAACAAAUAAUCCAAAUUCUUUACAACAGGAAGGAACACAAAAAUUCUAUUCUGACAUGAAAAAAUAAAGUAAUUUUCUAGCAUAUUGAGUAAAACGCCCUACUAAAUUAAUUAUAUUGCCGUUAUCACAGAGACUGCAUGUUCACGAUUGGCUAAUGGGAAUUAUUGUAAAUUUAUAAUAGUUUAAUGUAUAAUUAGUUUGUACUACACUGUGCCGAAGACUGUAGAACAACCACACUUCUUUUCAUUAAGGAGAAACACAAAAAUUCUAUUUUGACAUGAAUUUUUAUUCACUAACUGAAAAUUCAUCUCGAUUUUAAUCGCAGCCUAAACAAACUGAUACCUAUGCGUCACUAUUCACAUGGGUAAGGCAAAAGUGACCUUUCUAGCAUAUUGAGUAAAACUCCAUACUAAAUCCGCAUCACCUAUCGCUUUAUUCCUAAGAUUGCUGUGCUGUGCUGAGUGCUAUGGUUAGUAUCAUACAGGCGCUUACCUGCCUCUGCAAAAAGAUUGCCAAUAUGCAGAGAAUAGAAUCGAUAGGCUGAAAAUAACCGCCGCAAGCUCAUUAUUUAUCGAACCUACAAUUCAAAUUUUAAAUCGUUUUAUUAAUACCAAAAUGCACUCAGUUUAGGAAAUUUUAGCAAACGAAUUGAUAUAAAAAAUUUAUAUCGAAUGAAUAGAGUUUCAUCAUAAUUCAUAAAUAUAGUUUAGGCUGCCGCCUAAUAGGCUGGAAACAGGUCUUCUGCCCUAUCGACAAGACACAUUGUGACUUUGCCUUUGAUACGAUUAAAUUAGCUCCUAAUUGUACAAUUACAUCUAGGUUUGAAUUACGAAAAGCUUAAAGCAUCUGAAAAUGAAACGAACAGAUCACUGCCGCAGUCCAAGUAUUUUCCCAUCACCAUGACAAACAAUUUAAGUUCGUGCAAUAUUUCGAAAAACCAAAUUAGAAAUUAACAGUAAUUCAGUGAGCCGACAAAAAGUUCCAAAGUAGGAAUUAUUUUCAAAUUUUACUAGCUCUAAGGCAAAUUGUGUAAAAUACAAUAUCAGCAAUUGUAAAAAAUAAACGCACUAAGUUAAUUCACAUACCAUUUUCUAGGUUUUAAUGUAGGAAAAAUCAAAUCAACCGACCAGUCAGAAUUGAGUUCGAUCGCGCUGUGAUAGGCGAGUUUUACGGUAUCCUAACAUUUAUAAAACGGUCACAUUUUUGUUUACGUUGGCUACAGCGAAAGUGCCUGCCGCGGGUACACUGAUAUUAUACCGAUCUUUGGUUACUAUUUACUUGAUCCUCUUUAAACACUAGUAAUAUUUGUCAUUCGGGCAUCACUGACGCAGUUGUAUCGGAAAGAAUAUGAAUAAAUUUUGAGUUAUAUAAUAAAAAAUAUCAUACAAUUA